AUGAAGACCAAGAUGGAGAAAGCAGGGAAGGUUGUCCUCGUCCUCUGUGUCUGUAUGACCAUCAUCUUAAUGAGCAGCAUUGAGGCGCAAACUACACCAUGUACCAACUGUACUACUGCAACUGCGAACAGCUCCAAUGAAACGGGUACUACCCCACCUGCAACUACCAGACCAAACCCUGACCUCAGCUCACCUCAUGUAACCACUCUUGGCCACAUCAGCAGCACUCCUACCCCACGACCGCACCACUCAUCUUCUGCCUCAGUUGUCUCUACGACCUCCAUGGCUGUCACCGCCGCAUCAAAGCACCCAACAAAGCCCUCACAAUCCACCCACACCCCCGAAGCCACAAACUUCACCACUCGCUAUUCUACAGUUGGGGCUGCUGGUUCUUACCCUACCACCACUGAAGCUACAACAGCAAAAGGAGGGUCUUCCUCUUUGUUCAGGUCCUGCAGUCAACUGCUGGUGCCCAUAAUCUCCAUUCUGAUCUUCAGUGCAUAGGGCUGAAAGUGUUACAGCAAGGGACUCCAUCUUUAUUUUUCAUUUUUAUAUCAAACCCACAAAUUAUUUUAUGUAUUUUAAGAAAAAUAACUCGAACCCUUAUCUUAACCCUAACCCCUUACCCUAAAAAUGUUAGAUUUUUGAUUCUAAGAGACUUUCCUGUUUAACAGCUCUUGAUGUGACACAUUCUUGAUAUUAACGCUAUGAAGUGCUUUGUUUGCACUGAGCUCUUCUCAAUUUUAAACCAACACUGUGUAAAAAGCCACAAUCCAGAUGUCAGAACUAUAUUAAGUCACAAAUAACAAACAUAAACAUUACACACAGAAUUCAUUUGUUGUUUUGACAGUUAAAAUCCUAAUUGACUUGCCAUUGGAUUUGAAGUGAAGUGGGAGGAAA